AUGGUGCGUUUUACUGCUGAGGAGAAAGAUGUUGGCAGCCUGUGGGCCAAGAUGAAUGUAGAGGUGGCUGGAGGUGAGAGCUUGGGAAGGUUCCUGGUUGUCUACCCAUGGACCCAGAGGUUCUUUUACAGUUUUGCUAACUUAUACUCUGAGUCUGCGAUAAUGGGCAACCCUAAGGUCAAGGCCUGUGGCAGGAAGGUGCUGACCUCCUUUGGAAAUGCCAUUAAACACAUGGACGACCUCAAGGGCACCUUUGCACAUCUAAGUGAGCUGCACUUUGACAAGCUGCAUGUGGAUUCUGAGAACUUCAGGCUCCUGGGCAACGUGCUGGUGGUUGUGCUGGCUGAGAACUUUAAAAAUGAAUUCACCCUGGAGUUGCAGGCUGCCUAUCAGAAGGUGGCGCCUGGUGUGGCUAAUGCCCUGGCCCAAAAUUACGACUAAGCUCCCUUUCCUGAUUUUCAGGAAAGACCUUUUUGUCCUCAGAGCCCAAAAUCUGGAUACAGAAAAAUAAAGAAGAGUUUUGAGCAUCUG